GGCCCACUCUCGAUUUCACUCCAAUAUGCACAACUCUACGUCCAUCCCGUCCUACCCGACUCGAUGUACCACUUUUUUGGAUGAUCUCGCAAAAGACAUUCACGAUUCGCGUCAUCUCAAUGGUAACACCAAUGGGUCGCGUGCAAACGAGCCGGGUGUCAUUCCACCUCGGGCUCUUGUGCCCUUAGAUAUCAUAAUUGUGGGGGCGGGUCUCGGUGGUUUGGCUACCAGCAUCGCACUGUCCAGACGAGGUCACAAAGUGAGGGUUCUGGAACAGGCGACUGCUCUAGGAGAGGUCGGCGCGGGAAUUCAGAUCCCCUCGAAUUCGAGUCGGAUCUUGCUAGAUUGGGGACUUGGAUCUUUCCUCAAGGGUAAAGUGGUGGAGCCUGAGAACAUCACAUUUCGAAGAUGGGAGGAUGGCUCUGCGGUUGGCUUCACAAAGCUAAUUCCCGAAUUUCAAAAGAGCUUCGAUGCGCCAUACUACGUUGUACACCGGGCUGACUUUCACGAUGCCAUGCACAAGCUUGCACUCGAGCUCGGAGUCGAGGUUCUUGUAUCGAGUAGAGUUGUCCGUUACAAUUCAGAGGAUGCGGCGGUUGAGACUGCAAACGGCAGAAAGUAUAGCGGGGACUUGGUCAUCGCAGCCGAUGGAGUUAAAUCACUGGCGCGAGCAGUCAUCAUCGGCACUACUGCAUCGCCGCCUGUACCAACAGGGUUUGCUGCCUAUAGAGCAACAGUUGACGUCGAGAAGAUGAAGGAGGAUCCCGAAAUUGCCUGGCUGCUGGAAACAUCAGCACUAAACGUUUGGAUCGGCGAGGAUCGACAUGUCAUGACUUAUACCAUUGCAGGGGGACGAUCAUUUAACAUGGUCCUGUCUCAUAUCGAUCACACUGAUAUGGUAACCUGGAGACAAGAGAACGUGGUCCAAGAUAUCCGGGACUCAUUCGCUGGCUGGGAUCCUUGUCUGAUGAAAAUCAUUCACUUGAUUGACAAAGGGUUGAAGUGGCCAUUGUUGAGCGGAGAAGUGCUCAAUAGAUGGCUUGAUCCAAGCGGUAAGCUACUGCUCAUUGGAGAUGCUGCUCACGCUAUGGUUCCCUACAUGUCUCAAGGGGCUGCAAUGGCAGUCGAAGACGGUGCAGCCCUAGGGGAGAUAUUGAGUAUCGUCGAGCACAAGUCACAGAUCCACUCGGCCCUGAGUGUCUUCGAGCGGGUCCGCAUGCAACGGACAAGUCAGAUGCAAGAAGCAAGUCUUCUGAAUGGAAAGAUCUGGCAUUUCGCAGAUGGUCCAGAACAGAGAGCGAGGGACGCAUCGAUGAGAGCAGAAGUAGAAGGGAAACAGUUCAUCUCUAGCCCUAAUCAAUGGAGUGACCCGGUCACGCAGUGGUGGGCGUAUGGAUAUAGAGCUGCUGACGAAGUUGUCAAGGCCUGGAAGGAAAGCCUGUCAGCCAAGAAUUUAUAA